CCGGGCCCCGGGGCGGGAGCAGCCCGCCGCCCCUGCGCCUCCCGGCCCGCCCGCCCUGGCGCCGGCUGCCUUCCCCUCCCCCGCCUCCCCCGGGCUGCUCAGAGCAUCCCUCCUCCCCUCUUGCAUUUGUCUUAAUUCUUCUCAGAGACAAGAUGGCAACGCCGGCGGCGGUAAACCCUCCCGAAAUGGCAUCAGAUAUUCCUGGCUCGGUGGCCUUGCCAGUGGCACCAAUGGCAAGUGGACAAGUGAGAAUGGCAGGAUCCAUGCCUUCCAGAGGAGGAAAGCGACGCUCUGGAAUGGACUUCGAUGAUGAAGAUGGAGAGGGGCCCAGCAAAUUUUCAAGGUAUGAUGGUGAUCAAAUCUCUGGUGAUAAGGAAAAGUUUGCAAGGUGGGACGAUGAUCAAAGUACUGCUGACACAGAAAGGAUGGCCAGGGAGAAUCAUAGUGAAAUUGAGAGACGCAGGAGAAAUAAGAUGACACAGUACAUCACCGAACUGUCUGAUAUGGUACCCACUUGUAGCGCGUUGGCUCGUAAGCCCGACAAGUUGACAAUUCUUCGGAUGGCAGUUUCACACAUGAAAUCAAUGAGAGGCACUGGAAACAAAUCUACUGAUGGAGCUUACAAGCCUUCAUUUCUUACAGAACAGGAACUGAAACAUCUUAUCCUGGAGGCUGCAGAUGGGUUCCUGUUUGUAGUUGCAGCUGAGACAGGAAGAGUCAUCUACGUAUCAGACUCUGUGACUCCUGUGCUGAACCAGCCACAGUCUGAAUGGUUUGGCAGCACUUUGUAUGAACAGGUUCAUCCAGAUGACGUGGAAAAGCUGCGAGAGCAACUAUGUACAUCCGAAAACUCUAUGACAGGGCGAAUCCUGGACUUGAAGACUGGAACAGUGAAGAAAGAGGGUCAGCAGUCCUCAAUGAGAAUGUGCAUGGGAUCAAGGCGCUCUUUCAUUUGCAGAAUGAGGUGUGGAAAUGCUCCUCUGGAUCAUUUACCUCUGAACAGAAUAACCACCAUGAGAAAAAGAUACAGGAACGGCCUUGGCCCAGUAAAAGAAGGCGAAGCACAGUAUGCUGUUGUCCAUUGCACUGGCUAUAUCAAGGCUUGGCCACCAGCAGGAAUGACUAUACCAGAAGAAGACGCUGAUGUGGGACAAGGUAGUAAAUAUUGUCUCGUGGCAAUAGGAAGGCUUCAGGUAACUAGCUCUCCAGUGUGCAUGGACAUGAAUGGCAUGUCGGUCCCAACUGAGUUCUUGUCUAGGCACAAUUCUGAUGGAGUCAUCACCUUUGUCGACCCAAGGUGCAUCAGCGUCAUUGGCUACCAGCCCCAGGAUCUUCUGGGGAAAGAUAUUUUAGAAUUCUGCCAUCCUGAAGAUCAAAGCCAUCUGAGGGAGAGUUUCCAACAGGUUGUAAAACUGAAAGGUCAAGUCCUGUCUGUGAUGUAUCGUUUUCGUACCAAAAACCGGGAAUGGAUGCUGAUCAGAACCAGCAGCUUCACAUUUCAGAAUCCUUAUUCCGAUGAGAUUGAAUACAUCAUCUGCACCAACACUAAUGUAAAACAACUUCAGCAGCAGCAAGCAGAACUUGAAGUACAUCAAAGAGAUGGGCUGUCAUCCUAUGACUUAUCUCAGGUGCCUGUUCCAAGUAUACCAGCUAAUGUUCAUGAGGGUGGAAAGUCUGUGGAAAAGCCUGAUGCUAUCUUCUCCCAGGAGAGAGAUCCUAGAUUUGCUGAGAUGUUUGCUGGAAUAACUGCUUCAGAUAAAAAAAUGAUGUCCUCGGCAUCCACAGCAGGAAACCAGCAGCUUUACUCACAGGGAAGCCCAUUUCAGCCAGGACAUUCGGGAAAGACUUUCAGUUCAUCUGUGGUACAUGUGCCUGGUGUGAACGACAUCCAGUCUUCUUCAUCAACAGGCCAGAAUCUGACACAGAUAUCUCGCCAGCUAAAUCAGAGUCAGGUUGCCUGGACAGGAAAUCGCCCACCAUUUCCAGGACAGCAAAUUCCAUCUCAGUCUGGCAAGGCUCAGUCAUCGCCCUUUGGGAUUGGAACAAGUCACACCUACCCAGCCGAUCCGUCGUCAUACAGUCCCCUUUCCAGCCCAGCCACCUCUUCUCCAAGUGGGAAUGCCUACUCCAGCUUAGCAAACCGAAGUGCAGGGUUUGCUGAAGGUGGCCAGAGCAGCGGCCAGUUCCAGGGGAGACCUUCCGAAGUCUGGUCCCAGUGGCAGAGCCAACAUCACAACCAGCAAAGCGGCGACCAGCAUUCACACCCACAGCCCAGUCAGACGGAGGUGUUCCAGGACAUGCUGCCAAUGCCGGGGGAUCCAACGCAGGGUACUGGCAAUUACAACAUUGAAGAUUUUGCUGACCUUGGCAUGUUUCCACCAUUUUCUGAGUAGCUUGCGAAGCAGAAAUGGAAGUUCUUCUCCAAGGCCGUUUCAGUGUAAUUUUGGCUCUGCUUUUUCUGUGUUGCAUUUCUGUAGAAGCUACUAAACCAGAAAACACAUUUCUCAUGUUUCAGAUAGUGGUGUAGGGCUUGCUCUCUCCUCCUUGGGGUGCGUCAGUGCCGACAGAGGAGCUCCAGCACUUGCUAGUGUUCAUUGACAGCUCCUUUUUUUUUUUUUUUUUUUUUUUUAUUUUGUCAUCUACCUCAGAGAUGAAAAACUUUGCUUGAUUUAAAAAAAAAAAAAUCUCUGAGUCUUAAAUAUUUGAAUGUGAAUGAUACCUAAUACUUCCUUUGAAUGGUAAUUUUUAAAUAGAUAACGAAGUAACAAAGACUAACAGAGAAAAGGUAAGGUAAUGUCUUGUUACAGUGCCUACCGCUCAAUUUCGAUGCCUUGCUUUAAGCUUAAGUUUCUGGAAGCAGACACAAUAUUCUGUUUUCUUUGAUUCUUGUAGUUUUUAGGUCACUUUAAAUGUGAGAUUAAGCAACAUAACGUAGGCCUCUCUCACCAGAAGAUUCAGCUCCGCCUUUUCUAACUUAAACUUGAAUGUGUGUACAUUUUGGUACUUUAUGUAUAUCUUGUGCUGUAUGAAGUGAUUUCCUGUACUGGUUUCUUUUGCCUUUACAAAGGGUCCAUUCUGGAGUGUACUGAAAAGGUUGACGAUGUAUGUGGAGGAUUUAGAUAUCGUGGGAGUCUCCAUCACUUCACAUAGGUGUUCUUACUUUUAAUUCAGGUGGUUCUCUAUUCAGAACAAACAUUUACUUACAUAAGCUAUUAGUCUGGUUUUGCACUGAAUUGAGGCCUAUAACUCUAUACAUUUCUCACCGGCUGCUUUAAUUUCUAUUGUUCUUGCUUUCCCAAAAAUAUUGCCUCGUAAAAAAAGACUGUAAACGCAUCAAGAUUGCAUUUUCUAUAUUAGCUGCAUUUCCUUUCUGUGAAGUACUUUUUUAUACUGUGAAACCUUACAUUUUAACAGUGCAACGUGGUGGCCUAUUACUAGGAAAUCAUUCAAGCUCAUUUGCUGCAAGCAGUGAGAUGGUUUUGUAGUGUAUAAUUUUUUUAGAGUGAGUUGGUAAUAGAUAUCAAUUGGACUAUUGUCCACUGCGUACACAGUGAUAACUUGAAUUUUUGCUUGGAUUCCCAAGCAAUCACUUCUGUUAAACCCUGUUAACCCUAUUCUGUUAAAUAUGGGAUUUUCAGCUUACCAAGUAUGUUGGGGACUCUUGACUAUUCUGAAUGCUAUAUGCUCUUCCGCAGAGGUAAGUUAAUCGCCUCAUCCUCUUGGGUGAGUCACCUACCAUAUGUCUUCACCAGAAAUUUUUAUUCAGCAUUUCAUAUGCAUGUCGAGUUACAGAGGUUGGGUUGUAAGGGUAGCAUUUUUAUCCAGAUCAUUUCUUCUGGGAUGGGAGGAGAAGGAGUCGCUCACAAAGGACGAGGAGCCCAGAGUUCCCGCCUGUAGGUUGUUCGUAACGUUCAAGGUCGGACGGUGGUAGCCAGCCUUCGCAGAGGAGGAAGGGGACGGCUUCCCUCAGCCUUUGCGUAUUCAGGGGCCAUCGCGGACCUUGAAACAGCAACCCCAGGGCAUAGCCCCCAUUUAGAAGAUCUCAAUGUCUGCAGCAAUUCUUAGACCUCACAGCUGCUAAGGCCUGCCUUCUCAUAGCUCCUCUCGAACUCUGGGGUGCCUCCGACGGGAGGUACCGUGCACAUCACUGCAGUGCAUCUUAUCAGGAUAAUAUCUUGAAAAGCAGGCAGGCCCCCGACCGGCAGCCUGCUCUGGCCACACAGGCUUUAUGCUGACAAGCAAUGCAGGUGGCUGGGCGGCAGCGAGCAUGACCGAGGGACGCGGCUUUAACUCUGAGCCAUAUGGUGGUGUGUCCGUCUGACUUUGCUUUGCCGGCCUUCUCCGAGAACAGCAUGUAGUUUUCAGUAUCCAGGAAGAGUCCUUCCUACUGUUUCUCUCACUAAAUCUGGGACCAAUCUCUUACCCUAUGUGCAAGUGGAGCUAGGAACUCCUUUUUUUAGGAAAUUUUUUUAUAUCUCUAGAUGCAGUACUGGAGAGGCCUCAGAUCUCCUGGUCUGUACUUGCCUCACCAAAAUCACGCUGAGAACAAACAAAAAACCUCGUAUCUCUUCUCUCCCAGAGAUCAGGAAAAUACCUUCUUAGGUGAGCAAGCCAUGCGCUUACGUACUAUUCUUUUAAAUACAUGGAUGUUUAUUCUCUUGGAGCCUUCUCCCUUUUCGCUCACGCCGCUCGGAUGAAUGACUGCUCAUUGAAUUAGAUAGGCAAAGCUCUGCUGUCCCAGAAUGACAUUCAUUGAUGUCUGUAAAAGGUGCCUAGAUGCUGCGCCAGCUGAGCGAGGCGGUCAGCGUUUGUACAGCAGGGCGUGCUUUUAAAAGGGGCUAAUCACAAGGGAGAGAACAGUAGAUGAGCAGUUUGUAUCUUUGCACAGAAGAUACUUGACAUGAUAAAUGUCAGUUCUUCUAAAAUUUAAAAAAAAACAUUUCUCCGUAAAGUGAAAAAUGAAUUGAAAAAGUGCUGUUCCUCUGUUCUAUUUUACCCAACAAACUGCUCAAAGUAUAUUUAUAACUUACUUUUGUUCCUGAAUUCAAUCUAAAAAUAAGUUUUUUAAAGUAAUUUUACUUCCCCUAACAUCAGCAAUGAUAACUUCCUUAGUGUGUCAUGGUUUUUAUACUACUGUAGAAGCCUUCUCGUGUACAGAAUUUGGUUGUGCAGUUAGAAGUGCACUGUUAGCAGAAUUUCAAGCACAUCUUUUUUUGUUGUUGUUUUUGAAUACAGUAUUAUUUUUCUGAAGCCAAUAUGCCUGAGGCAUCAGAGCAUGGACUGCUGCUCACCUUGUAGACCACUCCUGCCUUUCUGGUUGGGAAAGGGGAUGGCGACUCUGUUAAGGGGCAGUCCGGAUAGUGCCAGGUUUGGGUUCUCCCUGUGAGCCAUUAUCAUCCCCCGUUUCUGUUCUGCCAUCCCGAGCCAGUGCUUUCUUCUUGGCGUUUCCACCCUUCCUUACCUCCCCUCCCGUUCCCGGCCGUCCCAUCUCUGCAGCGCUUUCCCACGCCCGAGUGGGAGGCGUUGGGUUGCCGUUCCCGAGCCAGCGAGGAGGGAGCACUUAAUGAGCUUAAAGUUUGGCAACUUCGUGCUUCUGACCAAGCAAACGAGCAAGUUCAGCAUUUGCUACCGCUGCUGGGCAUCCUGCGCUGCCCUCGCCGUGUGCUGCCAUCGUGUCAGUGGCUUGCUCCUCUGAAACAGCCUCGUCCCAGAUCUUGUGGCCGAAAAAGCUGUGUAGUGUUGGCUGUGCUGUAUCUUUUUGUCACGUGUUUGGUUACUAAAGCAACUUACUUAUCCUGUAGCUGAAGUUAUAACGUGCAUUUGGAAUGCUAACGUUUUUAUUACGUGCCGUUGGUGUAGCUUUGCUGGCACUUUGGCUGCCGGUUUCCGGAAUUUCACAGGUGGUGGAUUUCUCAUUUCUUUUGUGUUUUUUAAGCUGGAAAUAAAGCUGUGAUUUCUGAUCAAACUGUGUUGCAAACACAGCGUUUCUUGAAAUGGAAUCUUUUGGUUUUUAAACUGUUGGAGCAAGAAACUGCAAAUAGUAAUGGUCUGGGUGAGUUAUUUCAAUGAGCGGGCAUGUAGACUAAUAAGAUUUUAGAUACUAAAACAUUUACAUUCAUUUAUUCAGACAAGCAAUCCCGUUGAACAAGAGGGACUCCAUCACAUUACUUGUUACAAGUGCUACUGGCAGUAGCUACGGUGAUGCUUUUAACCAGAUAGUUCCAUUUGUAGCUUUGUUGCCUUUUUUUUUUUUUUUGAAGUACAGUAUGAAACUGUAAAUACUUCUUGCAGUACUGCCUUUUUAACUCUUAAUUACUUUUGGCACAGUGUUAAAUAGUGUUGGAUUUACCCAAUUGCUAUGACAUAUAUUUUUAUACAUAGGUGUACUCUUUUUUCGAGAAUAAUACAGCCAUUUUGUCAUUAAUGCCUUAUCAGUGUCAUACUGCUGUUGCUCUUUGUUUGCAAGGUAUCGAGUGGACUAAUUUGUAGUUCAGAUAUUUUCACUUUUCCUGGCAGUGCUCAAGUUUGGCUUCAGGUGAUUUUUGCCAGAGUCCCAUUUUUCACAGUUGUUAGCUGUGAGAAGAGGAGAAUGUGGGCUUGGUUUUGUUUCUUAUUAAUGGAGGAAAGAAAAGGUGAUGGCAUCUAAUUGUCUUUAAAAGGUCAGUCUUUUCCUACUCUAAACCAGACUGCAUUUCAUGGAACUGAUGACUGUGGGCACUGAUUACUUUGUGUAGAUCAAUGGUCUUUAAAAAAAAGAAAAAAAAAGAAAAAAAAGAAAAAUAAAACAACUCCAAAAAUGGGCUUCUGUCAUUGUUAGGCACUUGGUUACGUAUCUGUUUAAACUCUUCAUAUUGAUGUGAAAUUGUGCUGUGGAUAAAGUGUAUUUUGUACUUCUGAAUGUUCUAUAUUUAUGACUAACAAGUACAGAAUCGGUUGUGUGUAUGUAUAACUAAUAACUGCCUUUUUAAAUUUCAUUAAAAUAAAAAUGUCAUGAGCUGUUGUUAA